CCGCGGUUUGCUAACGGCCAAAGCUCGCCAUGUAGUGCGCUAAACCCAUGGUGGCUAUGCUGACAUAUUCCCAUGGGUGACGACAUCCAUCUUCAGUCUUUUCUCAUACAACACUCACAGAGCCUCAGCGAAGGCUGCUUACACGGCGAAGUGUCACUGAAAGCAAGGCUAUUCCCAUUCGCAGACCGAGGCAGAAGGAUUGAUAGGAGUUCUGACAUGAUGCCAAACAUGAUGGCGGCAGAAUGGCAAACCAUAGAAGAACCGGUCAUUGUACAUUAACAUCGAAUAUUCUGUGAACAUAUUCUCCUCACAGCUUACCUUCACGUCAUUCAAAUUCACAUGCCCUGUUUAAACCUACCGCUGAUUCCAACUUGGAUACGAUGGCGAACAUCAAGCCCGACCCCGAAUUCUAAGUCUUCAAGCCCGUUAGAGAGUUCACGGCGCCCGAUUUCGACGAUUCAGUCGCCUUUCGUAACUUUCAAGAUAACAUGCUUUUUGAACAGUUCAACUGGCUGCCCCGCGUCGGGGGUAUCACCGAGACAAAAAUUGAAGUUGAGUCUCUUGACGGCACGACCAUCGAUGGAUACCGAUUUCAACCACCGGCCGGCGUCCGAGAGGCAACCACACCCCUGCGCACGGAGCAAUCUACCUGCACGGUGGCG